GAACGCUGCGCGUUGCUGUUGUGCGUGCGUUGGCUGGCUGGGUGUGUGAUGAACGGCGGAGGUGUGAUGUGAUGCGUGCUGUAGAGUUGUUGUUGUUGUAACAGUAACAGUCAAACACGGUGAGUGCUGCUGCGAGUGCAUGUCUUGCAAGGUCACCCUGCACAAUGGAUGGCACACCGACGACAGUGGUUGAGAGUUGGCGGGCCAGACUGGACAGUGUGAGGGCCACCCUCGACAACACCGUGCUGGACGUGGUGGACGCGCUGCUGUGCACGUACAUGCCAUCCAUCGUGCGCGCCUCUGUCACUGCACGCGACGGAGAGGAGGAGCAGGACGGUCGCGUGGCCCGCGUUGCUGCCGCUUCAGCGUUCCUCAAGAGCAACGACGCACACACAGUGUUGCAGGGUUUGGUAUCGCAAAGCCAUGGCGCGGGCACCAUCGCGUCCGCUCUCAGGACACGCGCCUGGACCCUGUCCUCACGCCUGUCUGUGGUCGAGAAGGACCUUGCGUCAGCCAUCAACCUGGCGCAGCUGGACGUGCAUGACUACGCCGAGGCCCUACAAGCACAACUGAAGAUAGCGCGUAUCUGUCAGGACCUGCACGCCAUCUUAGAGCCUCUACAGCACGGGCUUUCGUCUGCCGGCACUAGACCAGAGUCAUUGCACUCCCAUGCAGCUCAUACACGGGAAAGCCACCCUGGUCUCCAAGCAUCAUCAUCGUCAUCGUCAUCACCCUCUGCUUCAGACCCGCCGUCACACCUGUCUCGGACACCCACGAUCGUCACCCUGCAUGACCAGGCAAGCGACACCCGCGCCACCGAGAUAACACAUUCCGAUGACAGAGCUUGCAUUGAGGAGAUUGAAGAUGUUCAGACGAGGCACGCGCUUCACAACGCCACCAUCGACAACUACGACCACCAUGAUGAUGAUGACAGCAUGGACACGACGCUUGACAUGGACAGCCAUGUCAUCAGCCGCCAAGCCAGCGCUUCACCCGUGCAUGCUGUGCCCGUAUCAGCUGCAGCACCACGUUCGUCUUCGCCCAUCCUUCGUUCCAACCCAUCAAGCACACCGUCGUCGUCGGCAGCCUCGUCCUCACUCUCAUCAUCAGCACUGGUGGCGUCACUGUCACGCAUGUUUGGCGCAUUGCUGCCCCGUGCACAGAGAAUGGACCGUGAUGCUGGCAACGAGAGCAGUGGUGGCGGUGGCGGUGGCGGUGGUGGUGGAAUGGAGCGGGAGCUGCUGCGAGCACUGACAAUGUUGAAACACGUGGAUGUCCAAGACUGUGCAGCCAUCCUGACAUCGCACGGCAUUGAUACGUUUGGCCAUCUUCUCACCCUGUCGCCGCACAAGCUGCGAGAGAUUGCCGCUGCAAUCCUCGCAUCUGCCCGUCGGCAGCCACACCAACACCACCACCAGCAGCAGCAGCAGCAUAACCGAGAGGGACGCAGCAGCAGCAGCCACGAUAUUGUGCUUGGCCAAUCCGCCCUCAGUCCUAUUGACCGGGGACUCGUGCGCGUCGACAAGACAGCCGUUGUUGGGGCGGGCAAGUUUGGCAGCGUAUAUCUGUGUCGACUUGGCCGGGACGUCUUUGCCAUGAAGAUGGUCGAGGUGAAAGCUGGGCCGCGCGCUGUUCAGCACACCAUGGCGGUGGUGGAGGAGGCAAAGUUCCUCAUGCACCUGCGCCACGACAACGUGGUGCAGUAUAUUGACAUCUUUGGGCACCAACACACGGACGCCAGCCUUGCCCGUGCGGCGGAUUGCGUGUGCAUCAUCAUGGAAUACUGCGACAGGGGCACGUUGUCAGACAUUGUGUUUGACACGCCCAUCACGCUGGAUGACGUUGUUGACAUUGUGCGGCAGCUUGCGGAUGCGCUUGAGUACAUACACGGGCGCGGUGUUGUGCACUGCGACCUGAAGCUCGAGAACGUGCUCGUCAAGUCUCGGCCCGGCCCUAGGGACUUGGUGAAGCUGGGCGACUUUGGGCUGGCCCGCAACACAACCGGCGUGUUUGUCCCACGCCCACCCCAUCCCAACACGCAUCCGCACUCGCACGUGCACAUGCACCCACAGCACAGCAUGCUGGGUGCGAACGAUGAUGCACGUGGCGGUGAUGGUACUGGUGAUGAUGGCGAUCACAUGGCUCAGGGUGUUCGUACCCGUUCGCUUCCGUCUUGCUCUUGGGAGGAUGGGACACCUCGAUGUGGGCGAGCAUUGACCCCACCAACGUCGCCGUCACGACCGCAACCGGUCCUGCCCCCACACGCACUGCCAUCACCACUGUCGACAGCAGCAACAAGUGUGCCAGCGGUGCCCACAUCAAUGACAACGGCGCUGUUGCAGACGCCUGGCCCGUUCCCACGCCGCCCACAGCCCACAGCACCGCAACAACAACAACAACAACAACAACAACAACAACAACAACAACAACAACAACAACAACAACAACAACAACAGCAACAACAACAACAACAACAACAACAACAACAACAACAACAACAGCAACAACAACAACAACAACAACAACAACAACAAGGUAACGUGUUCGGCCCGCAGUCGCUGCUGCCACACCACCACCAGUAUGACGAGCACCACCACCACCACCACCACCAGCAUCCACCUCGUCCACAGAGCAGGGCAGGGCCGCUUAGCACGGUGCGCGGCACGCUGUGCUACCAGGCACCGGAAUCGUUUGAGGGCGGCGAGCGCCUCAUUGCACCAGAGUACAGGUGGGCCGUGGACGUGUGGUGCCUUGGCUGCCUGCUGUGGGAGGCUGGCACGCAAGACUGCCUGCCCAUGGGCACACGGGAGCUGUACCUGGGGCGACAGGCCCUCGACCUCCCACACCCACAGUGGCAACGCGUGCGCGCGCACUUUGUGCAGCGGUUGGCGGGUGCGCUGACAGCCCUGCCUGUUCACCGGCCGCGUGCUCGCAGCGGUGAUGGGCUGCGGUGGCGGGGGCAAAGCCAUGGCCAUGGCGAAGGCGAAGGCGAAUGCGCGAGGGACAGUGUGGACACGUUCGUGGUUGGAAGCGUUGGAGGAGACACGGGGGUUGAGGAGGAGGAAGCGGCGCGCAUUGGGCUGUGCAAGCUGCUGGAGGCGAUGUGGACCGUUGAUCCGGCAGAGCGGCCGUCUGCGUAUGACAUUGGGCGGCUGCCGUUUCUUAAGGACGGGUUCAUGUUCAAGGCUGCACCCGUGGUGGCGACAGCGGAGGAGGAGGUGGUGGAGGACAGUGGUGUUAGCGGUCAUGAGGGCUUUGAGCCCGCUGGUCCUGCCAGCCCCACAGCAGCGGCAGUAGCAAGUGCACCAACAGCACCAACAAGUGCACCACGUGCAGCCCCAACAGCAAGCGCGGCUACAGCAGCAGUGACAGUCCACCCGCCACCAGUGCCACCAUUAUCCUCGUCGCCGCUUGUCGCCUCCACAACCACAACCACAACCACAACCACGACCACAACCACGACAACACGUGCAGCGUGACUGUGUGAGUGAAGGCUGUGAAGUGCCUUUUGGGGGGGGGGGCGGGCGAGCUUGAUGGUUAUCUCACAUUAAUCAGCACCAGCAAACACGUAUCUGAUUGUGAUGUGACCAACAGAAAGGCAGUGUGAUC